AUUCAUACUAAUCCUAGAACAUAAAAAUAUCUUAUAAUGAUAACGAUUUAUCUAUUUAAGAUUGCAAUAUUUCAUACUGAAGAUGACGGGAUUUAUCUUUGGCAUUUAAUGUAACGUCGACAUUCUGUCGCAGGUUGAGUAAUAAAUGAGAUAUUCCAAGAAGAAAGUAGAAAUUCUACAAAAGAAUUUUAAAGAUUAGACAAAUAUAGAAUCUUAAGUAACUAGGAAACAAGUGGUAGGCAUCACCCGGUAGAGAAAAUGGCUGACUGCGAGAAGGAGGAGGCUCACAAUCUCCAAAUGGAGUUUGAAUGGGUGCUUCAUGAAGAAGUACAUUCUUCACUAUCACAGCUAAGGAAUAUUUUAAUGGAAUGUGCACAAAGAUUUCCAUUAGCAUUAUUUGGCAACGAUCAACAUAAUAAAACAGAUAGGUUUGUAUUUGCUGCACCACAUGAUCAAGUGAAAUGUGUUGCUGUUUUAACUGGUGACAGUAUUACAAAUGCAGAAGUUAAUUUUAAAGUACAGCGUCAACAAAAUAUUAAUAUGAGAACAAGUAUACAAACUGAACAUCCUUGGAAGUUACAACAAAUACAAGAUGCUGCUAAUCAUUUACAACAAGCUAUUGCUCACAUAGAUAAUGUUGAUCGUCAUUAUCCAUUUAAGACAUCUGAUGAAGUUAUGCAUGUAUUAGGGAACAUACUUGGUUGCCUCCAACGGAGUCGUACAAGUUUAAUUGUUCCUAGAAAAAAAACUAUUGAUGAUCUCAUUAAAAGCCGUAAUAUGAAGUCAUUAAAUCCUAAUCUUCCAGAAAAUUUGGCAAUUAGUUUUUAUAUUCAAAGUUAUAAACUAGUUUUAGCAAUAUACCAAUUAGAAAAUGCACAUGGUAGUGUUAAAUAUGAAACACAACAAGCGGAAUGUAGUGUUCCAUGGUUAAAUGAUGCUUUAGUACUACUUACUAUUGCAUUACAGCUUUGUCAACGACUAAAAGACAAGAUCUGUGUUUUUUCUCAAUACAAAGAUUUUACAGUUGGUUCUCACGUUACUUCUACAAUGGGCUGGUAAUAAAAACAUUUGAGCAAUUAACCUUCAAUUGAAAGAAUAGUUGUGUAUAUGUAUAUUACAGUAUAUCACAUUUAAUGCUCUGGUAGCAUUUUUAGUGGGUUUUGUUUUUAUAAACAAAAUUUAGUUCUAAAAAACACUAAAUUAUAUUGCAUUUUCAGAAAUAAGUUUUUUAAUCAUCUGCAUAUAUAUUUUGCUUGAUACACUCUAUCAAAUUCAAAGAUUAAAUUUUACAUAGCAAAUUUUACACAAGAAAAAUUCUUGUAUAUUAGUACAAGAUCUGAGACUUCAUUGUCAUUCACGAUUUUAAAAGUAUUUUGCUAAUUAGUUAUGUGCUUAUAUCUAUUAGUUUGUACUAGAUUUCCUUUGAUUAUAAUGUUUAAUCUUUUGUAGACAGCUUUGAUUUAAUUAAGAAUAGUUAUACAUCUUUACUAAGAUGAAAUAAUUAAGCACUGUAUUUACUAUAUCUCCUGUGAUUUUUUCGGAAUGUUAUAAUAAUUUCCUUCUUACUAAAUAUUAAUGUUCUGUUUCUAAGAAAACGUAUGCAAAUCUAAAGCGAUUAAUUUUAACUAUUUUGUGUAUGCAAUUAUUAUUUUAAACACUUUAAUGAAUUAUUUAUUUUACUUACCAAAGAAAGUACUAUUUAGUAAGUGUUGACGUACAUUACCGUGGUAUGACGUUCCUUUAAACUUUAAACUGUAUCUAUAUAUUUACAUACAAAUGUCUGAAUUAGUAUUACAUCGAUCAUGAACUAGAUGUUAGAAUAAUUGUUAUUGAUCGAUGUUAUUGUUAUACAUAUAGCUCAGAAGCAAUUUAUAAGGAUUUCAAUACAGUUAUAUUAAAUAAUUAGAAUUGCCUUAACUUAAUAACGAAGAAACGCGAAAUUUUUAAUAUUAAAAUCGGUUUCUGUAUUGAGUUAAAUGGAAAGUUUUUAUUUAAUUUCUAAAAUUUUACUCCUUCUAUAUUGUAAU